AUGUCGCGCCUUCAACGCCCAGAGACGGUGCUCAAGCGAGCCGAAGAGUUGAUCGGCGUCGGUCAGACCACAGCCGCCCUGUCUGCAUUGUCAGAGAUCUUUGCGCUUCGCUCAUUCAAGCAGACUCCCUUGGCAUCCUUGGAGCCAAUCAUGAUCCGCUUUACGGAUCUUUGCGUCGACCUACGUAGAGGUAGACUUGUCAAGGAUGGAUUGGUUCAGUACAAGAACGUUUCGCAGAACACCAAUGCUGGAAGUAUUGAUGUGGUCAUCAAGCACCUCAUCAGCCUUUCGGAGCAAAAGGUGGCAGAUGCUCAGGCCAAGGCUGACGAAGCUGCUAAGGAGGUGGAAGUGGAUGAUCUUGAAGAGAGCGAGACGCCCGAGAGCAUGCUUCUCGGUGCUGUCACUAGCGAGGAGAGCAAAGAUCGUACAGAUCGCGCCUUAGUCACGCCUUGGCUCAAGUUCCUGUGGGAGACCUAUCGCACAUCGCUCGACAUUUUGCGCAACAAUGCGCGCCUCGAAGUUCCAUACCAGGUGCGUUUUGUGGCCAGGCUCGUCAGCGAGGUGAAGGGCGAUGCUGCUAGCGCAAGCACGCUACAUGAUAACAUACAACAUCUUAUGGAGCGCUCAUCUGUCAUUGUGCUGACCUGUCACACUCUCCCACUAUCUCCACACAGCAAGUCGCACACCGCGCUCUUCAGUUCUGCCUCCAGUACGAGCGCAAGACCGAAUUCAGACGUCUUUGCGACUUGCUGCGCAUCCACCUGCAGAAUGUGGCACGGUAUUCCCACCACACGCAUGCGAUCAAUCUCACUGAGCCCGACACCCUUCAGCGACACCUUGACACACGCUUCUCCCAGCUCAAUGCUGCAGUCGAGCUCGAGCUGUGGCAAGAGGCGUUCCGCUCUGUUGAGGAUGUGCACAACCUUCUCACCAUGGCGAAGAAAGCUCCUCGUCCAUCGAUGAUGGCCAAUUACUACGAGAAGCUCACCAAGAUCUUCAUGGUAUCCGACAACAACCUCUUUCACGCUGCGGCAUGGAACCGCUACUACUCUUUGGCUCGUGGAGGCAUCAAGACGGAGGAAGAGCACACUCGCUACGCCUCUUUUGUCUUGCUGAGCGCCCUCGCUGUGCCAGUCAUCAGCAGCAAUGCUCCUGGCACGGGAAACAUGAACAAAUCAAAGUCGGAUUUCCUGCUCGGCGAUGUCGAGACACGAAGCCGUACCGGUAGACUCACCUCGCUCCUCGGCCUCACCCGCACCCCAACCCGAGCGGGUCUGCUGAAAGAGGCAUUGAGCCGUAACAUUCUUCGUCGUGUUCGCCCAGAGCUUCGCGAGCUGUACAAUAUUCUCGAAGUCGAGUUUCACCCUCUUUCAAUCUGCGCAAAGAUCGAGCCGAUCAUCAAUCAGAUUGCGCAGGACGAAGAGAUGGCCAAGUACGUCAAGCCUCUUCACAGCGUCGUUCUGACCCGACUCUUUCAGCAGCUCAGCCAGGUGUACGACGCCGUCAAGCUUACCCGAGUCAUGGACCUCGUCGCUGCAUUCAAGGCGCCCAACAACUACACCCCGGCGGACGUUGAAAACUUCUGCCUGAACGCCGCAAAGCGUGGUCACCUCGACAUUCGAGUAGACCACGUUACGCAGGCCAUUACUUUCCAAGACGAUGUUUUCGCCGCAGAAGCGCAUCCUGCCUCCUUCACCAGUGCCGGUGCUGAGACUGACGUGACAAAACUCCAACAGACGCCAGGCGAGCUCGUUCGUACACAGCUGGCGCGUCUCGCUGGCUGCCUCGACACGACGGUGAAGAUCAUCGAUCCAGCAGAGCUCGAGGCUGCGCAGGCCGCCAAGCGCGAUAUCUUUGCUCGCGCUGUGGACAGUGCAGAGAAGGAGCACAAAGCUGCGGUGGCCCGCAAAGCCAUCCUGGAAAAGCGCAAGGAACUCCUCGAGGAGCGAGCCGCACGCAAAGAGAAGGACGAGGCUGCUGCUCGUGCCGAGCGCCAGCGCGCUGCACAAGCUGCCGAAGAAAAGCGGGCAGAAGAAGAAAAGCGCAAUCGCGAGCUCGAGCGCAUCCGCAAAGAAAUGGAGCAGGUCAAGCAAGACGAGGCCAAGAAGCUCGCGCAAAGCCUUCGCGAGAAGGGUGGACUCAAGCUCACAGAGGAAGAGUACGCCAACUUGGACACAGACAAGCUCGUUCAAUUGCAAGUUGAGCAAAUCGAGCGCGAGAAGAAAGAGCUCGCCGACCGUCUCCGUAUCAUUCACCGUCGCAUGGACCACUUGGAGCGUGCCUACCGGCGCGAGGAGCUGCCCCUGGUUGAGGCUGACUACGAGCACCAGAAGGAGGAAGACAAAGCAAGCCAUGUGCAGGCGCAAGCUACGCUGGUUGAGACUUUGCGUCAGAAGCACGCUUCUGACCUCCAGCUGAAGAAGCGGCUGCAGCGUAUUCUGCCAGACUAUGGCGAGUUGAGGAGGGUCAUCGAAGGCAAGCGCAAAGAGGAAAUGGAAGCCAGACAAGCUCGUGCAAACGACCAGAUUGAAGAAGAGAAGCACAAGAGGCGGGUCAAGGUUGCUGCGGAGAAGGAAGAGACCGCAAAACGCGCCGAGGAAGAACGCGUUCGCGCUGCCGAAGAGGCAGAGCGUCAGAGACUUCGACAAGAGGGUGAGUGCUCACGAUUCUGCUUGUGAAAGAUCAUCUUUCUGACGCCAUUUCCUGUUCUCUGUUGCAGAGGAGGAUCGUCAGGCCGAGCAGCGCCGUCUCGAAGCGGAGAAGGAAGCCGAGCGCGAAGCCGAGCAAAGAGCAGCGAUCGAGGCCCGGCAAGCUCAGCUGCGGGAGCAGGCGGAGAAGCAAAGAGCGAAAGAGCAGGAGAUCGACGAGAGGAUGCGCGCCAAGGAGGCAGAACGACGUGCUGGCCCAGCCGCCACCCCUGCAGCGGGAGGCGAACGGUCGUGGCGAGGUGCUGCACCAGCUGGAGCAGUCGCUGCCGCACGUGACGCUAGCCCGGCUUCUGGCGUUGCGCCGCCCCGCUUUGCUGGUGUCAAACCGGGAAGCUGGAGAGAGAAGGAGCUUGCUCGCAAAGCUGCGGAGGCCAGCGGAGAGACGCCCCCAUCCACUGGUACCUCCACGCCCGUGCCAGCUGCGGCAGUAGCCAACGGUACCUCCAGCCCUUCACGUGGACCUGUAUCCUCUUCCAGUCCGGCACCUACCCCUGCUGCCGCCGCUGCUCCUUCUGCCCCAUCCGGCCCUCCACGUGUGUUCGGCAAGAGCACCGGUGGAUGGAGAGAUCGUGAAGCAGCAAGGGGCACUGCUGGCGAUGCUGCGCCAACUUCUGGCGCAGCCACGCCAUCAAGACCUCGAGAAUCGUCCAAUGGGCCCUCAGCUGGCGCGGACGGCUUCCAAGAGGCUCCACGUCGUAACCCUAAUGCGUGGAGGUGAGGCUCACUUCCAUCGGGUGCAUUUGCACUCGUUUGCUGACCGCUUCUUUCUCUGUUUUCAUUGCUUCAGGCCGCCUGGCGCUCGCAAGUAG